GCCUUGGAACCCAGACGUGGAUGUGUGUUGGCACACUCUGAUGGAAGGAGCAUCAGAUGAAUGUGAGCCAGUGUGGUGUGAAUCUGAAGACCCUCUCUUUAUCCUUUAUACCAGUGGCUCCACUGGCAAACCUAAGGGUGUGUUGCACACUGUCAGUGGCUACAUGCUUUACACUGCAGCAACGUUUAAGCUGGUGUUUGACUACCAUCCUGAUGACAUUUACUGGUGCACAGCAGAUAUUGGUUGGAUCACAGGUCACUCCUACAUUACCUAUGGUCCACUUGCUAAUGGUGCCACCAGCGUUCUGUUUGAAGGUCUACCCACCUAUCCCGAUGUUAGCAGAAUGUGGGAGAUAGUAGAUAAAUACCUUAUCUCCAAAUUUUACACAGCGCCUACUGCCAUCAGACUUCUCAUGAAGUAUGGCAGCGAGCCAGUACACAAAUUUAAGCGUAGUUCUUUAAAGGUCUUGGGUACGGUAGGUGAACCUAUUAACCCUGAAGCAUGGCAGUGGUACUACAAUGUAGUAGGAGAGAAGAGAUGCCCCAUAGUCGACACCUUCUGGCAGACUGAAACAGGAGGACAUGUUCUAACACCUCUUCCAGGUGCCAUUUCGUUAAAACCAGGAUCUGCUACGUUUCCGUUUUUUGGAGUUGUGCCAGCCAUACUAAAUGAAUCGGGUGAGGAACUGGAGGGACCAAAUGAGGGCUACUUGGUAUUUAAGCAGCCUUGGCCUGGGGUGAUGAGGACUGUGUAUGGAAACCACCAAAGAUUUGAAACAACUUACUUUAAGAAAUUUCCUGGAUACUACGUAACUGGAGAUGGUUGCCGCAGAGACAAAGAUGGAUACUACUGGAUCACGGGCAGAAUUGAUGACAUGUUAAAUGUUUCUGGUCAUUUGCUAAGCACGGCUGAGGUGGAAUCUGCUUUGGUUGAGCACAAGGCAGUAGCUGAGGCAGCCGUGGUGGGAACACCGCACCCUGUUAAAGGAGAAAGUUUGUAUUGUUUUGUCUCGCUCAAAGAUGGCAUCAGUUACACCUCCACCCUUGAAGCUGAGCUAAAAAAGCAAGUGAGAGAGAAGAUUGGUGCAAUAGCUACACCUGACUACGUACAAAAUGCCCCGGGGCUUCCUAAAACCAGAUCAGGUAAAAUCAUGCGGCGUUUGCUACGCAAGAUAGCGGCCAACCAGCACGAUCUAGGAGAUGUGUCCACUUUAGCAGACACUUCAGUCAUUCAACAACUGUUUGAGAACCGCUGCUGUACUGCUGUGUGAGCACUAGAGGAUGCUGUUAUAUUUCACUUCGGCCCGACGGAGACAUGGAGCAAAGUGUAAAUUUACUACAAAAAAAGGAUUAAAGUCGAGACUGCCGGGACAACGAUGCUGCUCCUGUCAGAUGUGACGGGUCUGUAGUAAUUGCAACGACAAGAAAUCACUACAGACUUUAUUGAAGACUAGAGCGGAUAACAACUCUAUUAUUAUUUAAUUGUUUAUUUAUCUAUUUAUUACCACUGUAUGACUUUUAGAUCAUUUAAUUCUGUCUUUGUAUGAUUUGUGUAAAUCGUGUAUUUAUUUAAAGUAUCCUCCAGGCCACCCAAGAAGGAUGGGCCCUGCUGAGUCUGGUUCCUCUCAAGGUUUCUUCCUGUAAUUUUCAGGGAGUUUUUCCUUGCCACAGUCGCCCUCGGCUUGCUCAACAGGGAUUUUUGUAUCUGUUGGUCCUGGAUUUUGUAAAGUUGCUUUGAGACAAUGUAUAUUGUAAAAAGCGCUAUAUAAAUAAAGUUGACUUGACUUGACUUGACACAGAAUGCAUGUGCUUGAUCAACCUUUUGUUAAUGAAAUGUCUUAAAAUGUUUGAAGUGUUGUAA